AUGCAGUGCACGGUGCCAACGCUGCUAUUGCUGUGGCUGGCGGUCCUGCGGAGCGCACAGGCCGGCGCCUGCGACAGACUUCUCGCCAACUACGUCAAUAGCAGCUUUCCCGCGCUGGAGGUGAUGGUGCGGGGUGAGCCGCGCGAGGUGGUCGUGCAGAGUGCGGGGGGCGCGGGGCGGGCGGGGCGCGCGCUGGCCGCGCUGCUGGCCGCCGCCGCGCGCCGCCUGCGCUACCCGCGCGUGCGCCUGCUGCCGCCCCCGCACUCACACACGCACGACUCCCCUGCGACCGCAGCUCGAAUAAAUCUGCUAGUAAAAGUGGGGUGUGACAAUGUAGAAGGGCUGCGCAUGGACGCAGCACCGCACCUUCACGUCCGCUUAGCGCCCCACGCUCACCAUUGCUACUCCGCACGCGUCUGGCCCUUCUACGCACACGAAUCCAACCUACGUGAUUGCGACUUUCUCCGUGUGGCUGACUUAGCAGAAUGGCGAGGAUAUUCGCACGAGACGAACGAGGCGAACGAUGCGGAUGAAGCGAACGAGUGCCCUCAGUGCGCAGUAGUGUUGGCACCACCACAGCUGCGCGGGGCGGCAGCAGCUCUUCGGCAGCGCGCUCUCUCACACGCGCUGCUGUUGCGCGUGCUACUCUCCGACACGCUGCACCCGGCGCCACCCGCCAACAACCACUCCAUCCUCUUCCUCGAUCAGUCGCUGUGGGAUGACAAACGUGAAGUACACGUAGUGCAAGCACCGCCCUGUCCCACACAUCUCGAAACUGACUGCGAUCCAGAUUUUGAUUCACAAACCCCGAUCGAAAUCACCGGUGACCAUGUAACACUGCGUUAUUAUGCACCUAAUAUAUUUGACACCGUUGGGCGCUUCGCACCGAAACCUCAUCAUAUAAGAGAGCUGCUUAGACUCGAAAUGGAGAAUGGUGGUGAAAUCGAGGAGGCCGCCUGCGAAUGGAGCCUAACGAAUCCAGAAAACUUGAAUGAUUGGUUAGCUACAGAGACGAUUAAUUAUCGAGUACGAGUGUAUGUAUGCCGUAACGAUCCAGAUCGAGCCGAAUACGAAAUGAUUUCAAGGGAGAUUCUUAGCAUUAUAAAGUUAAAAAAUGUAAUGCUGGAAGUAAACAUUACUUCCACUGAAUGCUCACAUGGUGAAGACCUGCACAAGCACUUUCUUAGCCUUUUGAAUAUGCAUUGGGAACAACGAACCAUUGGCUGGGUGGCUGCGGGUGUAGGGACGGCGCAAGUGGCGAAACGUGCGCAAGACGUAGACCUACCUUUUAUUAUUUACGACGCACCACCGAUUGCGCUGCGGCCGGAUAGUGGAGUACGCGCCGUUACUGGGUCGGUUCAAGUGCUUGCUCGUAGUUACUUGCACCUCUUGAAGCGCUGCGGCUAUCAACGCGUCGCUGUAAUUUUGGAGAACACAGAUUAUGCACGCGAGCUUUUAACAAUUAUUCGUGAAGGUGGCUUGCUCAUUCGACAGCGAAAUAUAUCUUCCCAGGAAAGCAUCUACGCUAUACUAAAGGAGUUUCGCGAGGUGGAUGCACGAGUAUUUUUCGUAAAUGCGAACGCUAGUGUCGCCGCGCAAGUGGUGUGCGCAGCUCAGAAAGCGGACAUGACGUCGAACAGUAAGUACGUGUGGCUCGUGCGAGAAUGGCGCGGUGCUGUACCGUGUGCGGGCGCAAGAAGUGAACUGAAGCCACUCAGUGUGUCAUUGACUUGGCGCGGUGGUUAUCAAGUUGUGAAGGCAGCCGUGCCACGUUCUGAUGAAUGCGCUGCCGGUAGAGAGCAGGAGGGCGCGCGUUGCGAUGCAUUUAAAGUUCGUCGCGCUCUGGAUGCGAGGUGGUCACACCGCGCUUGGCCACCGCUAGGAGCCUCUCUAGCAGACGGACUGCUGCUUCUUGUGCAUACGUUUGCGAGCUUUCUCUCUCGUCAUCCUGAAAGCGCUUUCGACCGCCGCGUCUUCGGUACUGCUAAAAUAUUUUCGGAGGCUAUAAAUCACACACUUGUAAAGGGAGUUAUCCAAGAACUGAAAUAUAACAACAAUAACCAAGAGCUGUCCAGCUCGCUCGUGUUUUUGGACAGGUGGAAUGACAAACAGCGAUCUCUGCUGGCUGUUUGGAACAUGACCGAACGCGACGUACAACUGAUCUAUGAGCGAGAGCAAAUUUGUACAAGUGGGUUUGUCGGUCCAUCCUCCUGCCUUACGACCAGCUCUGGAGAUCCAUUUGCUCCGCGAUGCCAUGAUUUUGCCUGGCUAACGUUGACAAUUAUAAUGAUAAUAGCACCCAUCGGCUUAUUUUAUGCGCGCCGCGCCCGUAUACAUCGUCUUAAACUACGCGACCUCGCCUUGCUUGAACAAAUACUGGAGCAACGUAAAAGUAAUUAUUCAAAGUUUGCGUCGUAUGUAGUGCAACGUAACGAAUUUGAACUGCGAGAAGAGUUGGGGUCCGGAGCUCAUGGCCAUGUGCGUGUCGCCGUCCUGCGCCGCCUGGGCAAAUCGCCACUGGCCGUUGCUGCAAAGGAAGCGCGCGAGGAAAAAUUGCUAGACGAGGCAGAACUGAUCCGCGAAGCAUGCGUUCUAGCAUCACUUAAACACGAGAAUAUAAUUUGCUUUUUAGGAAUAUGCUUAGAUGGAAAAGCGCUGUUGUUUAUGGAGUACGCAUUUUUCGGUGAUCUAUGGCACUAUCUACGUACGCGUCGACCACUUGCUGAGUUCGCGUGCAGCACCUUCAGUAACAGUUUUACAGAAGAGUUUGAUGUUGUGGAAGCGACUUACGUGUCAGCACCUGCACUCACACAGCUAGCAGCGCAGGCAGCAGCGCCUUUGGAUUACCUAGCGACUAAGCGCAUCGUGCAUCGAGACGUGCGCGCUGCCAACUGUCUCAUCGAUGAGACGCGAACUCUCAAGCUUGCCGACUUUGGCUUGGCUCGUGCUCUCGCCGGGGAAAAAGAAGAGUAUAUCCAGCAACACUUUAGGCGACUACCUGUGACUUGCAUGGCGCCGGAGAGCCUUAUGAAUGACGAAUUCUCAAACGCAUCGGACGUCUGGGCGCUUGGUGUGCUGAUGUUAGAAUUGGUGACGCUGGGCACGCCGCCUUACGGCGAGUGCGUGGCGGCGAAGAUCAUGAGGCGCUUGCGUGUCGGCGAACACCCUCCGUUGCCGCCAGAUGUUACGCCUCUCGCGUAA